UUGAGUUCAAAUUUCUUUCUGACUAUUUUCAAUUUUCAUUUUUCACGGUCAGUUUUUCGAUUUCUUUUUCUCUUCUGCUGGUUUAAUUGUUUUGUUCUAUUGGCAAUCCGAAAAGUUGUAGAAAAAAGCACUAUUACUACCACGCGCAAACAGCAAUCGUGCAAUCUGUACAAGGCAGAGCACAGCUUGGCCAGGAUGAUCCGUGUGUUAAAAACCAGCGUGCUGCUAGCUACCAACACCACCCGUCGCGUCCCGGUGCGCGGCGUCAACUACAAAUGGGAACCCCAGUACGAGUUCAUACCGAAACUGCGAGUCCAGCGCAAGUACAAGGAACGUUUCGCCCCGGAGCCCCUGGACACGGAGGAGACGUACACGGACGUGGUGGAAUCCGCCGAGGACUUCAAGUACGUCCUGCCCUACCUCCCGCGCGACACCAUCCCCCCACUGCCCGCCGAAACCCUGACCAACUACCCCACCCCCUCGGGAUUCAUUCCGCCGCUGCCCCAGCCCCCGGCCCUCCCGUACUUCAUCGGGCGGACCGUGUACCACAACCUCCCGGUGUACAGUUUCGCCACGGAUCCCUAGGUUUUUACGCGGAUAAAGUACGUCGAGGGCGACAUUUGGAAGUUCCAGCAGGAUCUGGUGGAUUUUCUGCGGGACAGGCUGCCCGAGUAUGAGGGCUUCAUUGCCACCAAGGUGGAUGAGGCGGCGCGGCAGGUGUGGGUGAAAGGGGAUAUUGUCGGUCCUGUGAAGGAAUUUUUACUGGAAAGCGGAUUUUGAGGGUGCCAGCUGUGGGUAAUAGGCUAGGCUCACCACGCCACCAGAUGCUGUUUUUGUACGAUACUUUGAUGUACGAUAUUUUAAUGGAAGAGAAAUCUUAUUGCUGUAAGAACAGUAAGAUCAGUGUUGUUAGAAACCAUUAAAAUUUUGCAUAAUAUGAGAUUGCAGGUUACGUUUCAUCGAUGAUAAAAUGAUAAAGUUUACCACGAAAAAUGAUGCGAAAACAGAAGAUUAUAAAAACUUGA